GACUCAAUGGGCAAUGGAAAACCUCUCCUCUGAUCAGGGCUGUGCACUGUAAGUUCAACACUAAGAGGAUCUGUGAUUGGCCAGGAGAUGGCAGACAUACUGGAGCUGCGAACAGAUGGAAACUCCCUCCUGAAGGCAGUGUGGCUCAGACGCUUGAGACUCACCAGGCUCCUGUUGGAAGGAGGCGCAUACAUCAACGAGAGCAAUGAACGCGGUGAAACGCCACUCAUGGUGGCCUGCAUGUCCACACACACUGACCAGCAAAGUGUGGACAAGUCGAAGCUGGUGAAAUAUUUGCUGGACAACCAGGCAGACCCCAACAUACAGGACAAGGCCGGGAGGACACCUCUGAUGCAUGCCUGCAUCCACAAGGCCGGACAUGAGGUGGUGGAUCACCUGCUGAGCAACGGAGCUGAUCCCAGUCUGGAGGACAGGAGCGGGGCCUCAGCUCUGGUCUACGCCAUCAAUGCAGAUGAUAAGGAGACACUAAAACUGCUCUUGGAUGCGUGCAAAGCUAAAGGAAAGGAGGUCAUCAUAAUCACCACAGACAAGUCACCGUCUGGCACUAAAACCACCAAACAGUACCUAAAUGUCCCCCCGUCACCAGAGCUGGAUGACAGGUCCUCCCCAGCAUACUGCACCUCUCCAUCGGAUAUUAAUGUAAAUGCAUCUCCCACACCUGAGCAAGAGCAACAAAACACAGUCUUCAGUUUUCAGACUAAGCUGAAAACCUCCAGUUCAGCUGCAAAGCUUGCCAACGGGCCCACAUCUCCAACACGCCGGCCUGCUAACCCAAAACGUGCACGCCUGCCUCAGCUGAAGAGGCUGCAGUCAGAGCCUUGGGGGCUGAUCGCUCCCUCAGUCCUUGCUGCAGCUGCCGCCCAUGAGGAGAGUAAGAAAGCCAGCUCAGACGAGGAUGUGGUUGCAGGGGUAAACGGGCUCUCUCUAAGUAAGAGGUCAGCUUUAUCUCGUCAGAGCAGCGUGGACGGAAAGGACAGCUUAUUCCCACUGAUGGGUGAGCAGCCCUGCAAAAUGACAACCUCCAUAUCAGUUCCUCCGAUGUCCAAAACAUCAUAUGAGAGAACUCUGGGCCAGCACCAGCCACUGGCACGGCGCAGCACUGUGCCCACAGAGCAGGAGAGCAGCAGCUGCAGCAGCGGCUUCGUCAGUCUGAGAGACACAAUGCAUCGAAGACGUCUGGGGAAUGAUCACUAUGACUCAGACUCACAGCUCUACUCAGACUCUGCCAUGUUAGACUCCCCUAAGAUCCCAGUGGAGCGGAGGAAACUAAACACAUCUCCACUAGCGAUGCUGACCAGCUCCAGAGAAUCUCUAGACAGCAACGCCAGCCCAUCCUCUCCCAGCACAGCACGCAGGCGUGCACCUGGCCUCCUGGAGAGGAGAGGCUCAGGGACGCUGCUACUAGACCACAUCUCCCACACCAGGCCCGGCCAGUUGCCUCCUCUCAACAUAAACCCCAACCCUCCCAUCCCGGACAUCGGGGCGAGUAGCAAGCCCUCCUCACCUCUGGCCACAGGAAUUAGAUCAAUAGCUCCGGUAGCACCCAACACACCAAAGAGAGGCGGCCUCAAGUCCAAGAAGAAACUUGUGAGAAGGCACUCUAUGCAAGUGGAGCAGAUGAAGCAGCUCUCGGAUUUUGAAGAGCUGGCUCAUUAG